GGAUUUGUCGUUACGCUUCUGAGCACGUAGCGCGCGAUUGGUGGAUCGGCAAAAUGCGAUCGUACAUCUCCGGCCGCGCUCGGCCAUCUCCGCUGUUCUACCAUCGCAGGUGCCCCUCCCAUCGGGGGCGAUUCGCGAAUCCGCCGCGGUGGUGGUCCUUCAGUCGACGUUCGUAAAUGAUGACGUAAGGUCGCGGCUCGUGCAGCGAGCUGGCGAUUCGUGGUACGUGGUAACGGCCUGUCAGUGAACCUCGGAGAUGGGGACGCAAAAGCCCGGGGAAUGGGCGAAUUUGGUGCUCGCGCGUUUUGAGGAUCAGCUGCCAUGUCGUUCUGGCCCCGAAAGUCCUCACUCUCGGGUGAACGAAAAGAGGAGCAAGAAAUGCCUGAUAGAGAUCUCCCGGUACCGUUUCUCUCUCGUCAUAUCUGGUCUCACGAAGAUGCUGCAGCGGGUCAACGAGAUGACACCAAGCGCGAGCAGUCAGCGGCCGUACCAACCCAAGGAUCAGGACCGGCAGGAGUCCAUCAUCAUCGUCCUGGACACGCUGGAGAAAUGCCUGGCGAACACACCGAAAGACACAACGAAAUUUGAGGAAGCGAUGAACGUAAAGCUGCUACUUCGCGAGAUAUGUCAGUUUAUAGGCAUGCCUUACGACAGUCCGCAGACGAAAAUGAUAAGGGAUUUAGCGAGCAAAGUGCUAUUCGCUCUGAGCCUGAACUUCUUCAAUGCGGUCUUCAAUCGGAUAUCGGCCAGGCUUCAGGAAUUGUCCAACAGCGGCGAUGAGAAUCCGGACUGCAGUGACAUCGAGUUGAUGCAGUAUAUCAAUGUCGACGUCCACAGGCUGACUAGGCUUCUGAACGAAACGAUACAGAAAGUUCGGCAGCUUGUUGGCAAGAAGUCGGCGUAUCUCGUGCUCAUGAAUCCCCUAGAGAAGGCGAUCUGGAACUGGAUGGACACGUAUCCACAGGAGUUCGCCGAUGUGCAAAAACAGCCUAACGAGGACCUCAAUAAGGCGUGCGAGGAGCUAUUCGACAUUCUCGAUACAUUUGUCGUCGAGAAGAAGAGUCGUGCGGCCUGCGUUUGGCCGUUGCAGAUGAUGCUGCUGGUCCUUUCGCCGAAAGUGCUGGAAAUCGUGAAUGCCGAUUCCGGGCCACUCGACUCGCCGCGAUAUUCGAGGAAAAAGCAGUUCAUCGAUAGCGUCAAGCGUAGUUUGAGGAUGCACGGCAGUUCUUCCAGUCGACAGCUGUCCGAAGCCGCAGCUGUUACGUGUGUCAAUCUUACGAAGGCAGCCACAUAUGUCAAUAAUACCGAAUCGACCAGCAACGUUGUUCUAAUUCUGGUGCAGCAAUUGAUGGACGAUCUGAUGAGCCUUCUCUUCAAUCCUUCGAAACCGUUCUCCCGCGGGCAGAAUUAUAGCGCACAGGAUGUUGACCUGAUGAUCGACUAUUUCGUCAGUUCCUUCCGCAUUAAUCCACGUAACAACGAGGUCUUUAAGUUUUGUCUCAAUACCAACUACUCGCCAACGUACCAGUUCGUCCUGGUCAGCUCGUUAUACAAAAUCUUCACGCAGCCAAGAUUGCCAUGGUGGCCGGAAAUCAGUCUGGUAUAUUCAUACGGCACGGAACUCAGGAACAUGUUCACCGAUACUCUGAACAAGGUGACGCAGAAUUGCAUGUGGAAUACGCCGCUGCGCAUGAUUCACAAUUUUGCGCUCAAACCGAAAGAGGAAAUGGCCAACUCUAAGAACCUAUUGUUAGUAUUGGUGCGACUUAUUCACGUGGACCCAAUGUUGAUGCUGCACAGUUACGGUACAGCUGGCCACGAAAUACAAAGGUCCACUUUAGAGUUGAUUAAUGGACUUGUCUCAUUGGUCCAUCAGCCCACGAUGCCGGACAUCGCCCACGAAGCGAUGGAGGCUUUGCUAGUGUUGCAUCACCCAGACAAAGUCAAAGCGUGGAAUCCAGAAGCGCCGCUCGACACUUUCUGGGACGCAAGUUCGCAAGUUGUCUUCUCGAUCUCUCAGAAAUUGAUUCAACAUCAAAUUUAUAACUACACAACCAUACUUAAAUGGCUCCGCGAAAUAUUGAGUUGCAGAAAUGCUUUUCUUUCUCAGUAUAAAGAUUAUGCGAAUGUGGACAGUCAUAUCGCAAUUAGUAAACAGGCGCAUAUUAAACUUGAGGUUGUUUGUCUAAUAUAUUUAUGGAGUAUAGACAUAGAGGCCGUUUUAAUAUCCAUGUCUUGUUUCGCGUUAUUAUGCGAAGAAGCUGAAAUUCUUUGUGGCAGCGACGAGGUAGCAGUGACCUGUCUACUUCCGAAUUAUCAAUUGUAUUUAGAAUUGGCGCAAGCGUCGACCGUGUUGAUUUCUGCCCACGGGGAGAGUAGACUGUGUUAUCAGGAAUAUAAUCACGGGCGUGCUACAUUACAAAAGAAAAUAUUGUCUUUGUUGAGAAAGAUAGAACAUUGCGUGAAUGGUGUCUUACCAGCUUGGGAAGAAACAUUCAAAAAUUGGGAAGUGACUUCGCGACAAUUGUCCAGUUAUCCUAAAACUAAGAUCGAGGAUGUACAGGUAGAACCAUUUUGUCGCGGUAAUGUAAAGCGGAGAGCGGCGCAUCAGAAUUCGGAGCACGAAAUGGAAGAACAAAUUAAUGAGUGGGCCAAUAUGACAGGAUUUCUUUGCGCUUUAGGCGGAGUAUGUUUACAACGUCGUUCGCCUAAUAGACUACUUUACGGUGUACUCUCUUUUCAUUCUGAACAUAAAAAGAGCUCGACGAAACAACAGGAGGCCCUCUCAGGUUUAACAAAUUCCAAUCAAGAAGGGCAAUAUUGUCCGGUAACGCAAUUUGUGUUCAACUUACUACGAUUAUUAAUUUGUAACAACGAGAAACUUGGCAAUCAAAUACAAAAGCACGUGAAAGAACUGGUGGCACAUGAAAUGAGUCCUGCCCUAUAUCCGAUAUUGUUCGAUCAGAUCAAAAAUUUUGUAGAGAAAUUUUUCGAUCCACGUGGACACGUGGUGGUGUCCGAUUUACAUACGCAGUUCAUCGAACAUACCAUAUUUAUAAUGAAAAACAUUUUGGAUUCAAAAACGGAUCAACCAUCAGAAUAUCUUGGAAUGACGAGCAUCGAAGGUAUGAUGUUGGCAAUCGUGAGAUAUGUCAGGCACUUGGACAUGACAGUGCAUUCGAUUUGUAUCAAAACUAAAUUAUGCCAGCUGGUUGAAGCUAUGAUGAAGAGACGAGACGACUUAGCGUUUAGACAAGAGUUGAAAUUUCGGAACAAACUAGUUGAAUAUCUGACCGAGUGGGUAAUGUGCGCGCAUCCAUUUUCCUCGACAACUGCCAACGACAUCACAGCUUAUACUAGAGAUUUGGAUCAAGCUUGCAUGGAGGCAGUAGGAGCAUUAUUGCGCGGGCUCCCUCUUCAACCUGAAGAUUCUGAUCGUGUUGAGUUAAUGGAAGCAAAGUCUGAAUUAUUUUCGAAAUACUUUAUGCUCUUUAUGAAUUUAAUAAAUUACUGCAACGAACCAUCAUCAUCGGGAGACAAGGACGUUGUGUCUCGGCAAUCGCCAACUUUAGCGACCAAUAAAUUAACCACUUUGCGCAACACUACUAUUCAAGCCAUGAGUAAUCUUCUCAGUGCGAAUAUAGACAGUGGUUUGAGACAUUCAAUACAUUUAGGCUAUAAUGCAGAUCUUCAAACACGAGCUGCAUUCAUGGAAGUAUUGACUAAAAUCCUUCAGCAGGGAACAGAAUUUGAUACCUUGGCUGAGACUGUGCUAGCAGAUAGAUACGAACAAUUGGUUCAACUGGUUACAAUGAUCAGCGACAAAGGGGAAUUACCAAUCGCCAUGGCAUUAGCUAAUGUUGUAACGACAAAUCAAAUGGAUGAGCUGGCGCGUGUCUUCGUGACACUGUUCGAUGCAAAGCAUUUAUUGUCACCUUUAUUAUGGAACAUGCUUUAUCGAGAGGUUGAGUUAACUGAUUGCAUACAGACUCUCUUUCGCGGUAAUACUCUGGGGAGUAAGAUCAUGUCCUUUUGCUUUAAAAUUUAUGGCACUAGUUACCUACAAGGCUUACUCGAACCUCUCAUCAAACCCUUGCUGGACGAACCAUCGAUUAGUUUUGAAGUAGAUAGCGCAAGAAUCGAUCCUAGCGAAAAUAUUGAACAAAAUGGUGACAACUUAAUUAUGUUGACACAAAAAGUGUUCAAUGCUAUCGUCUCAUCGGCAGAUACGUUCCCUCCGCAGCUACGCUCGAUGUGUCACUGCCUGUAUCAAGUAUUAUGCAAGAGAUUUCCGCAAUCUCCGCAGAGCAAUAUCGUAGCCGUGGGAACGGUGAUAUUUCUGCGUUUCAUUAAUCCUGCCAUUGUCUCGCCCCAAGAAAUGGGUAUCGUAAACAAACCGGUACCGUAUGAGAUCAAGCGAGGUCUCAUGCUCAUGUCGAAGAUAUUACAGAACAUCGCAAAUCACGUAGAGUUCAGCAAGGAGCAGCAUAUGUUGCCUUUCAAUGAUUUCCUAAGAACGCACUUUGAGAUUGGCCGACGAUUUAUCAUACAGAUAGCAUCGGAUUGUGAAACUGUCGAUCAAACUAGUCAUCCUAUGUCGUUCGUUUCGGACGCCAAUGUCUUGGCCUUACACAGAUUAUUGUGGAAUCAUCAAGAGAAAAUUGGCGAUUAUCUUAGCAGCAGCAGAGAUCACAAAGCUGUCGGAAGGAGACCUUUCGACAAAAUGGCUACGUUAUUGGCAUAUCUUGGUCCACCUGAGCAUAAACCAGUGGAUUCCCAUUUAAAUUUCAGCUCGCUCUUUUCAACGGCUUAUGUUCGCAUGUCACGAUGGGCGAACAAAGACAUGUCGUCAACUAAUUUCGAGGAGAUUAUGAUGAAGCACAAUAUGCACGAGAGAGAAGAAUUUAAAAGCAUUCAGAGCAUGAAUAUAUUUUACCAAGCAGGCACCAGCAAGCAAGGCUACCCAGUAUUUUACUACAUUUCACGGCGAUUCAAACUUGGCGAAACGAAUGGCGAUUUAUUGAUAUAUCACGUUAUCCUAACUUUAAAACCCUUCUAUCAUUCUCCAUAUGACGUUGUUGUUGAUCUCACCCACACGUGCUCGGAUAAUCGGUUUAGGACGGAAUUCUUGCAAAAAUGGUUUUACGUUUUACCCGAGGCAGCCUAUGAAAAUCUCCACGCGGUAUACAUUUACAAUUGUAACAAUUGGGUACGCGAAUAUACGAAAUAUCACGAUAGUAUCUUAGCGCCGUUGAAAGGCAAUCGAAAAAUUGUCUUUAUCGAUGGCCAAGGGAAAUUAAACGACGUAAUCGAUGUCGAGCAACAGAAACUACCUGGAGCGACAUUAUCCCUGGACGAAGAUUUGAAGGUAUUCACCGGCGUCUUGAAACUAUCUCACAAAGAGAUGAGAGUAUCCGUGAAAAUCGGACCGACAACCCUGCAGAUAACGCACACGGAUAGAUCAAAAGUCUUAUCGCAAUCCGUUCUCUUAAACGAUGUCUAUUAUGCAUCCGAGAUAGAAGAGGUUUGCCUGGUGGAUGACAAUUCGUUUGUGCUAACUAUUUCCAACGAAGCAGGUCCUUUGACCUUCGCUCACAACGAUUGCGAUAGCAUCGUGCAGAAUAUAAUCCACAUUAGAAAUCGUUGGGUGCUAUCGCAACCAGAUUCUAUGUCCGUUCACUCAAAAAUCAGGCCUAAGGACGUACCGGGUACUCUGUUGAACAUGGCCUUACUGAAUCUCGGUAGUCCGGACCCCAAUCUUCGGACUGCCGCGUACAAUCAUCUGUGUGCGCUCACGGCGACGUUUGGUUUGAAAAUAGAAGGUCAACUGUUGGAGACGUCCGGUAUUUGCAUACCGUCAAACAACACCAUAUUCAUCAAACAUCUCAGCGAGACCUUGGCCGCGAACGAUCCGCAUCUUACACUUGAGUUUCUCAAGGAGUGCAUACAAGGUUUCAAGGAGUCGACUAUCGAAUUGAAGCACUUAUGCCUGGAAUAUAUGACGCCGUGGCUUAGCAAUCUCGUGCGAUUUUACAAACCUCACGAUGAGGGCGGUAAACGUCAAAAGCAAGUUACGGAGAUCUUAGAUGAUCUGAUCACGUUGACUGUCCAGGAAAUCGAGAUGUAUCCAAGUAUACAAGCUAAAAUUUGGAGCACAGUCGGCAUGCUGCCGGAACUGAUAGACGUUGUCCUUGAUAUCUUCCUCCAACGUAGCGCGCGAUACGGUUUAGGCUCGCCGAUGGCCGAGAUUAUGGCGGACACCGCGGUCGCUUUGGCGUCCGGUAAUGUGCAACUAGUCGCCAAGAAAUUAAUUAAUAAGGUAUGUCGGAUAGUCGACAAGACUUGCAUGUCGCCGACGUCGCAGUUAGAACAGCAUAUAAUGUGGAGCGAUAUAGCGAUCUUGGCAAGAUAUCUUUUGAUGUUAUCCUUCAAUAAUUGUCUGGACGUUGGGAAACAUCUGCCGUAUAUCUUUCAUACGGUGACAUUGCUCGUAUGUUCUGGCAGCUUAACCAUGCGAGCUUCUACUCAUGGCUUGGUGAUAAAUAGUAUUCACUCGUUGUGCACGUGCAGUUCGCCUUCGUUUUCCGAAGAUACGCAUAGAAUAUUACGGAUGAGUCUGGAUGAAUUUUCGUUACCAAAGUUUUACUUGCUAUUUGGUAUCAGCAAGGUGAAAUCCGCCGCCGGCACAGCUUUCUACAAACAUCCAAAGUCCAGUUGUAAACACGCGAAUGAAAAGUGGCUUAGCAGCGAGAGAAGCGCGUAUGGGACGCAGGACAAGGAGAGACUUUAUUUAACCAGUUUGGAGGUCAUAACCGACGCCCUUCUGGAGAUCAUGGAGGCUUGCAUGCGAGACAUUCCGAAGUGCGACUGGUUGAAAACGUGGACCAUGCUAGCGAAAAACUUUGCCUUCUGUUUAAAUCCAGCUUUACAACCGAGGGCGCUUAUCGUUUUUGGCUGCAUCAGCAAAAGUAUAACGGAUCAAGACAUGAGGCACCUAUUAAAGAUAUUGAUGAAGGCACUUGAGAGCUUCAACGAUAUUAAUCUCAUGGAAGCAAUUGUUAUGUGCUUAACGCGAUUGCAACCUCUGCUGCGACCGGAAUCGCCAAUACAUAGGUAUUUAUUCUGGGUUGCCACGUCUGUCCUCGAAUUAGACGAAGCCUCCUUAUACGCAUCCGGUCUGGCUCUUCUUGAACAGAACUUGCACACGCUUGACUCGCAGGGCACUUUCGAUGAAAAGACAUUGGAACAUGUAAUGAUGACAACGCGGGAAUCUCUGGAAUGUCAAUUUAAACAAUUAGAUCACACCGUGGGCUUAUCGUUUAGAUCCAAUUUUCAUUUCGCGUUGGUCGGUCAUCUCCUGAAAGGCUACAGGCAUCCUACACCAACCACGGUCACCAGGACGGUCAGAGUUCUGACGAUGUUGCUGGCAAUCGUGGCUAAACCCUCCAAAAGGGAUAAAUUUGAAGUAACACCCGAAAGUGUUCCUUAUUUAACCGCGUUAGUGGCUGUGUCAGAAGAGGUUCGUAGCAGGUGUCACAUUCGACAUUCGCUUGACAAGAGCUUACACGAUUCUUCAGGCAGCUCAGAUGUCCUCGAUACUCUGCCAUCGCGCAAUACGGAUAUGUCCGGAGCCUCUAAUCCUACGAGCAGAAGACAGAAGACGUGGGACUUACUAGAUCAAUCGGCGCUCACACAAGCGAAACAGCAGAAACAAUCUGCACAGACUGGCCGGCUUUUAUUUAAAUCGCAGCGAUCCUUGAGCGUGCCGAGCGCAAAGGACGACAAGCCGACGGACAACGCAGAGCAACAGAGAGAUCGUAGCACCAGAGUGAGCCUAAGCAAUGAAAAUAACGUCUUACUCGAUCCGGAUGUACUAACGGACUUUUCGACGCAGACCUUAGUACUGACCAUGUUGGCCACGUUGGUGAAGUAUUCUACCAACGAAAAUGAAACGCGAAUCCUCUACGAGUAUCUGGCGGAAGCAACCGUAGUUUUUCCGAAAGUUUUUCCAGUCGUACAUAAUUUGCUCGACGCGAAGAUCAAUAGCGUAUUGUCUUCGUGUCAUGAUCAAGUGAUACUGAAUGCGGUUCAAACUAUCAUACAGAACAUGAUAGCCUGCGAAGACACGAAUCAACAGCAUCAUUUGCAACACUAUUUGCAAAGCUGUGGAUUCCGCGGUCUCUGGAGGUUUGCGGGUCCUUACACGAACGUAAGUUCUGGACCCAAUUGUACACCCGAGAGUGCCGAAUUGUUUGUGAAUUGUCUAAAAGCGAUGGUGGAAAUGUGUUUGACGGGGCAAGAAACAACUGUUGGAAAAAGUAAACGCGCCGGCAGCUGUCAAUCCGAUUUCGCGUCGAAAACGAGAUUAUCUUCAGAAAUUGCCCAAGAACAGUCUCCCACGGAAGUCGACGUUUCCUCCGUUCAUAUCGAUCAUAGAAUAAAUAGCGGACGAAAUGAUUCGAUUGAAGCGAAUCAAACUGAGGAUACGGGUGGCGGUGACGGUGGCGGUUCGCAACCUUAGCAAUUAAUGUAUGACACUGGCAAUGCGAGGCAAUGCGAUAGAGAGGCGCGUAAGAGGCAAAACAAUCGAAAAUUGCAACGGCAGAUGAGGUGUGUGAACUCUAAAUAAUCGCAUUGUAAAUAUAGAACGCAUACAUUUGUUCCGUGUUAUUGUUGCAACAUGUCCAGUCAGUUUAGCACAAUGCCGUCCACAUUACGAUAACAGGCCUACAAAAGGUGGAAAUUGACGACAGCGAUGUUUUCGUUACAUUAAUUAUUUUGAUUUCACUUCAAACUUUCCGUUGUCCUGUAUAUUGAUGAUUUUGUGUUCUUUUUAAACUUACUUAUUCUAUCAGUCAGUCGUAUAAAACUUGCUAUCUCGAUUUGAUAGUUUGGCUAUGAAAUUUUUAAAUGAUUAUUAUGAUU